AUGUCAUUACCAGCACAUUUGCAGCAGACUUUCUCGCCAGAAGAGAUACAGUUCAUUGUAGAAAAUGAGCCAAUAAAGAUUUUUCCCAGAAUAACGACACGCCAAAAAAUUCGUGGGGAUGAUAGAGGAGCUGGGAACCACACCCGCUGGCAACUUAUCACUACGGAUGACAAAGCCUUAAACAAUAUGGUCGCUAUGCGUUCUACAGAAGUGGUCCUUUGGAUCGCUCUUUUACUGAAACAACAAUCCAAGUGCAGUAUUAUAGCACCACAGUGGUUGACAACGAAAGAGCUCGAUAGAAAAAUACAGUAUGAGAAGACCCAUCCGGACAGGUUUAGUGAGUUACCGUGGAACUGGCUUGUAUUGGCACGUAUACUUUUCAAUAAAGCUAAGGAUGACUUCCAUGACCCUAUUCACGAACUACGUGGUAAAAUACAAGAUUUAAGGGAAAUAAGGCAGAUCAAAGUGUUGAAAGGUCUCAAAUAUCUGAACGAGUCUCAUUUACAGUUAGAUAAUCUAAGUCUAUUAGAAAUCAAUGAGUUGAGGCCGUUCAUUACAGAAAUCAUGGAUAAACUGCGAGAAAUUCACUCAGCAUCUCUUACUGUUGGUACUGAAAUUGAGGAAGAAGAAUUCAAUAUUUGA